AUGGGGCUGCAGCCCCGGCGCGCCGCGGGGCCCUGCCCGCCCGCGGGGAGAAGCGCCGCCCUGCCCGGAGCGCGCUCCGCUCCUCCCUGGGCCCGCAGCGACGAGCCGGAGGGAACUCCCGGGCGCCCCGCCACGCUGCCGCCCCUCCUGCCGGCCAUCCUGCCGACCCCAUCCGCUUCCCCCGCUGCCGCCCGGGCGCAGCCCAAGAAGCCGCCGCCGGCCGCCUCGGCCCCCAAGAAGGCAGCGCCUCGGCCCUCAGAGGAGAAGGCGGCGAGGAAGCCCGCACCCUCCCCCGCCGGCAGAGCCGCCCCGGCCCGGCGCGGCGACCUGCGCGCUCUAUUGAAGGUUUCGCUGCUCAACGACCGGCACCGCUACGACGACGAGGAGUACGAGGAGGAGGAGGCGGGGGCCGCGGCGGACGAGGGGCUGGUGCGGAAAUGCACCGAGUGGCUGCGCGGCGUGGAGAGCGCGGCCGGCCGCGACCACCCGGACCGGCUGGAGACGCUGCCGCACUUGGGCACCCUCUGAGCCCCGCCGGGAGCGGGGAGCGGCGCGGCGGGGACUGCCGGAACGGUCGGACCGGGGGGAGGUGGGGCCGCCGUCCGCGAUGUCGUGUUCCGUGUGGUGUUGUCGGCGCCCUGGCAGCCCGGGCGGGUGGCGGCAGGGGCCGGGCAGAGCGGAGCCCCUGGCCCAGGGCCCAUCCUCGGGGCGCCGCCGCCGCCGCCGCCGGGGCGAGGGACAAAGGAGCGGCGCCGGCAUCCGCCCGCCGGUGUCCGGGCGCUGGGAGGGAGGGCACCGGCUGGGGGCGUCCUGCCCCCACCCUCGCGGUUUUUUUAAAGGAUUCUGACUACUUUAUAAAAUGUGCGUAAUGGUUUUGUAUAUUUGUACAUAAAAGUUCAUUUUUAUUUAUUUGAAUAAAGGACUCUUGUGUUGCGGUA